AUGGAUGCAGGGAUUUUUCUGGAUGAGUUGAGUGCAAGCAGGCAGACCAUGUAGAGAAAAAACAACCAUGGAUUUGCCAAUUAAUUGUUUUUAAUUGGACAAAUAAUCACUUUUUGGUGCGAUUGCGUUGCCUUUUUUUUUUUAUUACAGUCGCCUGCGUGUCUGCCUGUGAGCGAGCUAGCUAGCUGUCACUUAGCCAGGAGCCACAUCAGCUGCAGUUAGCAUUAGCAGUUAGCAUUCAGACUCCGCAUCAUGGCAGAGGGCAUCAUGAGCAAGGCAGCCACCAUGGAGAUCCCCAUCAACAGCAAUGGAGACACCGGGACUCAAGCAGAGGAUGACAGCCUGGAGCAGGAUUUACAGCAGGUGAUGGUGUCUGGGCCCAACCUCAAUGAAACCAACAUCGUCUCAGGAGGAUACGGGGGACCAGCAGGGGGCAUCAUUCCCACCAGCAGCAUUAAAGGGCCUGCAAUUCGUUUCAACCCUGAGUAUUUGGACAGAAGACGUGGCCCUGCGCUUGCACCAGACAUUCGCACCAAAUCACGGGCCGCCAACUUGCAAAGCAGCUCAGGCGGCGCAAACCACAACGCCUGCGGUGCAAGUGAGGAAGUGUCCCGGGGUGUGGCCGUGGAGAAACUGGACAGUGUGAAGAAAUGGGGCAUCAACACGUAUAAGUGCACCAAGCAGAUGUUCUCGGAGCGUUUUGGCCGUGGCUCGCGGACCGUGGACCUGGAACUGGAGGCUCAGAUCGAGGUGCUCCGAGACACCAAGAGCAAGUACGAGAACAUCCUGCGCCUGGCCACCGCGCUCACCGAGCACUUCCACAGCAUGGUGCAGACCCAGCAGGCACUGGGGGACGCCUUCACAGACCUCAGCCAGAAGUCUCCCGAGCUGCAGGACGAGUUCGGCUACAACGCUGAGACGCAGAAGCUUUUGUGCAGGAAUGGCGAGUCCCUGCUGGGCGCCAUCAGCUUCUUUGUGUCCAGUGUGGACACGCUGGUCAACAAAACCAUGGAGGACACGCUGAUGACCAUCAAGCACUAUGAAAAUGCAAGACUGGAGUUUGACGCCUACCGGUCCGAUCUGGAAGAGCUGAGUCUGGGUCCGAGGGACAGCGCGGCGGUGGUGCGCAUGGAGAUGGCCCAGCACGACUACCAGGUCCACAGGGACAAAUACGAACGGCUGCGGAGCGACGUCACCAUCAAGCUCAAAUUCUUGGAUGAAAACAAGGUGAAGGUGAUGCACAAGCAGCUGCUGCUCUUCCACAACGCCAUCUCAGCCUACUUCGCUGGCAACCAGCAGCAGCUGGAACAAACUCUGGUCCAGUUCAACGUCAAGUUGAAGCCUCCGGGCUCAGACAAGCCGUCCUGGCUGGAGGAGCAGUGAGGAGGACGUGGUGGGAUGGCAGAGGACAGCCUUUAAGUGGAUGAUGUUACCGCUGCAAGUAUUUCUUUGUUACCUUUUAGCCUGUUUGUGUAACACAUGUACAGUACGCACCUGCAGUGUGGCACAGUGGAACCUCCAUUUACAAACCCCUCUAUUUACAAACUUUCCGCCAAACAUGUCUCGGUGUACGAACGCUUCAUUCAUUCUUUCAUUCGUUCACCAAGUUUGAUCUAUUUUGUUACUCAAUAUGGGCCCAAAAAGGCCAAGAAACCAGCCUGGAAAGAAGGGCGGAAUUGCUGUGGACUUAGACUUACGGAAGAGAGGGAACCUUCGCCGCCUCGUGACGGCACCUUGUGUCCUUUUGUAGGUUCAAUGCCACAUUCUCUGACAGCAAGGUAAAGAGGGUUUGACUUUUAUUAUUAUUAUUAUUGUAGCAACAUGGUUGUUAACGUUUUUGAGAGCACCAAAGGGACUUUCGUGUGCGUGCGCACAUUGACAGUUUAGCUUGUCGUUGUUGUUGUGUUGUUUUGACAAUGUUGAUACAUUACCUCUUAUGUUUAUAUACAUACAUAUAUAUAUAUAUAU